CAAAUGUUAGUGCCAUGUUUCCAGCCGCUAGAUGAGUUUGUGAGGGUCAGUGUUGAGCUGCAGUCUCUUAUUCCACAGACCUGUCUGACAAGUGACAUGGGGAACUGUUGCAAAACACAGAAGAAGGAAAAUGUCCAAGAAUUGGGUGAACAGCAGGAUACCGAAUCAAAAAAAAAUGAAGAAAUCUUGUACGUUACAGUUGAACACAACAACCCAAAUAUUUCAAAUGAAGCAAAUCUAAGGGAUGACAACACUUGUGAAUAUGCAGUGAUCAACUAUAAUUGCAAGCAAGAUACCACCAUGUCUGAUCAAGAUACUCAAGAGUAUGAGGAAGUGAUACCCAAUUAACGGAUUGCAAAGCAGGAGCAAUUCCAUAUCAUUACAGCUUAUUAUCUAAUGGUGCAGUCUGCUCAGCUUUGCUGGUGAUUAUGGAAACAAUAAGUGCUGUUUAGUGACUUUACCACUCAGGCCAGAGAAUUAUUUCAUUGAUUUAUUGUCUUCAGAAAUGAAGAUUUAAAUUAAGAAUUGUUCUGAUGUUUUCUUUAUGGAUUUGGACAGUUAUGGCUGUUUUUCAGGGUGGGAGAAGUGCACCACUUUGGCCUGCCUCCUUUCUGUUUCUCAUUUGUGCCGACAACCAAACAUCACUUAAUACAAUAGGUGAGAUUUUUGGGCUUAGUGGUGAAGCACCAUAGACCUUGAAGAGAGCUGCUCACAAACAUCUAGCAAUCUGUGUAAACUAAAUUUCCACAUAUUAUUAUAAUCCCACUAAUAUUGCAGAAGUCAAAUACAAGAGUGAAACCAGGCUCAGUAGAUCUUAAGUUUUAAUUUUGCAAUUUGUUUACUGUGGUGGUCAGUCAAUGAACAUAUUUGCAUAAGACUGUAAUGUACUUUUAGUAAAAGAAUAUUAUUUUACUACACAAAAAAGAAAUUUAAAAUACACCAAGCUCUUACAUAUAUAUAAUGACAAUUUGGAAAGAUCUUUUUCACAAUCAGCAAAAGGAAAGAUUUGAUAUUUUCCUGGCAAUACCCUUUGUGUACACUCAACACCAGUGAAGUAUCACUCCCAUUCUCACUUUAACCUUUCUUACUGAACUGACAAUGCCAUAAGAGUUUCCUUUCGAUGACUUUCUGCACAUUCACCAGACGUGAAUUUCUCACCAAGACACACAGAGAGGCUAAUUCUUUGACCUCUCUCUGUCUUUGACUAUUUUGAGGCAGCUAACACAUAGUAAGACCUCUUUCCAGUUCUGAUGGCCUGAAAACUUCCAAAAUUAAAAUCUGCACCUUUGGUAAAAUAGAUAUUUUAUUUUCUGAACAUGACCUGCCUAUGGCUUGUUGCCAUCUGUCUUUUUAAUGUGGGCCAAAACAGCUCAAGCCAACAGUAAACAACAAUUAUCUCACCAGAUAGCAUGUUCAGUCAUUAAUUCAUGUCACUUGAUUUCCUGAAAAAUGUCUUCAGCUCUCUGUUCGACUGGGUUUCUGACCCUUGCGUAAAACAACAUUUCAGAACUUCACAACACUUGAAAAACGAAAAAUUAUUCACCUUGACUUCAAAAUUCAAGUUCACAAAACAACAAUAAUAUAUUAUAAACAUUCAUUACAAUGUCCUGACAUUAAUUUGAUGCUAGCACCAAGUCAAGGGAAUCUUUGCUGUCCAGCCUGGUUACGAAGCAGCUUAAGUAGCCAUUUGCAAUGAAGAAUUCUCAAAGACAACAAACCAGGAAGUAUAUGCAUGGAUUAUGAUUCAUUAUUUUCAUAAGUCUAUCAUUGGGACAAAAUAAAGAAUGAGCCCAAUACUCUAGAAGCUGAUUUAUUAUUGACUUUUAAAAAUUAUUUGUAUUCAAAACUUUGGAAUUUUUAUCAUAAUUGAUAUUGCCCAAACAAAAUAAGAGUUUUCCAGGCCAGAGAAGUUCUGUAGCAAUAAUUAGUACUGACUUCACUGUUCAAAAUCCAUAUUAACAGACCAUAACUUUUUAGCAUUUUUACCAGUGAUCUUAAAACAUUUUCAUCAGACCAAGUGAUUUCCGAAGACAGCAACGUCUCAUUUCCCACAUUUAACUGCACAUGCACAGAUGCCAAAAGUUGUCAGUUUCACAGUUGCAAUAACACCAAAUUCUGUCAUGGUUGUAGCUAUAAAAUCCAGGCCAACUAGUUUUCUGUUCUGCUUUCUGAUCCCAGUUGAUAAGUAGUUGGACCAAACUGGGAAGAAUCUAAGAAGUUGAAAACUAGUUUUUACAGUGGACUUCAAAUAUGCUAGUGAUCCAGUGAUAGAUUUGACAAUGUAUUCACUUCCUACUCAUUCAUUUUAUAUAGAAUUCCUGUUUCAAGUAUACCAUAUAGUUAAUCAUCUGCUUCUUAAUGCUUAAUAUGCCACAUGUAGUCAACCCUGGCUGCAUUUCAUGCAAAGACACUAGAGCAAAUUUAGUCUGAAACCUUUUUUUCUCCUCAAUGUUUUCUGUUUUUGUUUAAAUCAAGUUGGAUAAGAGAUUAUUUGUAAAGUGUUUUUGUUUUCCUUUGAAGUUUAUAGAAAUCCUUACCCAAGUAUUAAGUUCUUAGCAAGAAAAUGAUGGUAGUGAAAUUUUCCUUGGAGAGCAGGACAAAAUGAACAUUGUUGAAAUUUGGUUCGUCUUGUAUUUGGUUGAAUUGUUUUUCUAAUGCAGUUGUUGAAACAAGCUUUAAAAACAAGUUGACAAUUUGCUGUUGUGGACCAUCCAGAAGCAAUUUCACCUUCUCACAUUUAUGAGAUUUCAAAUGUUCUUCAUUUUAAAGAAGGAAGCAUUUAAUUGAGAUCUUUAAAAUGUGGUCUGUUUUCUAUGGUAAAUGUAGUUCAAAUUCCUAGUGAAUUUCUAGUUUCUAAGAACAGUUAGUGAAACUAUUUUUAAACAAGAAAUGUUUUCUGAUUUUAUGUGGUUAAAUAAAGAUUGAAAAUGCAAA